AGCUGAGGUAGGCUACCCACCAUCAUAUAGCCUACCACAAGAUGGCAGUGCACAUUCAGUGCCAAAAUCACUGAAAUUCCAGUCUUCCUACUUGUUUUGUAUUGAAGAAAACUGUAGGAUUACCUUCAUCGCAAGGUGAGGCAGUAAUGCUGUGAUUUUAAAGUACAUGGCUAACCAAACGCAUUCGUUUGCAAUAGCUUUGCAUUAUAAACAUUUUGAAAGUAAUUGCAAAAUGGUUACUUACCACAUUUAAACUGCAAGCUAAAGCUUACCCAAGAAGGCCCAUAUGUGUUACGAAACUGUUGAAAUUUGGCUGGGUGGUAUCAUUGCCUGUCAGUCUGCAGGUGAACCAACCUGAGGUCGUUUGCCCCUGGUCCAUACGCCUGUGUUGGACUUUUUUGUUUUCCUGUAAUAGUAAUCGUCCGAAAAGGAUUUAUUUUAUUUGGCGUAAACUCUGCCGUUUAGCCAGUGUGUAUCCUUACAGUAGCCUGAAGAGUUGGAUAAAUUACGUCAAUCUCCAAAACAAAGCAGCUUCAACAAUAUCAAGGAAGUCAGUCAGCUGACUCUUUCGGAUGACUUCUCAACGUUUACAGCAUAUAAAGGAUCAUAUAUUGGCUGCGAAUACGUGUACGGAAAUGGCCACGCCUCCGCCAAGCCCCCUUUCAACCCAUGUGCUCAACACAGGCCGGGGUGUCCCUGGGGCUGGUAUGGCCUUGAGUCUGCAUCGUCUUGACCCCUGCACUGAGACCUGGAACCUUCUCAUCUCAGGGGCAACCAAUGAUGAUGGACGCUGCCCAGGCCUCAUAACAAGAGAGGCUUUUAUACCUGGAGUUUAUAAGAUGCGCUUUGAGACAGGACAGUACUGGAAGGGGCUGGGUGAGACUUGUUUUUACCCAUAUGUUGAGAUAGUCUUUACAAUAACGGAUCCUUCUCAGAAAUUCCAUGUGCCCCUUUUGCUCAGCCGCUUCUCGUACAGCACCUACAGAGGCAGCUAGAGGCCGCUAGAGGCCGCAAGGCAAGUCUCCUGGGUGUAUUGACCAAACCAUACUUUGACAUGGUCAAGUUCUGGAAACCUUUGGAUGGCUGAAAUUAAAACCACUCAUAGGCCACUUGUAACUGACACUGUAGGCUUACCAGCAUGUGUUAAGAUGAAAUUGAAUAAUAAAAAAAUACACACAU